AUGGCUGCACUUCCCGAAACGAAACGAGAGGCCGACGAGACUCUCCUCGACGCAUGGGACUAUAAGGGCCGUCCGGCCCGCAAAUCCUCCUCCGGCGGCUGGACUAGUGCCGCCAUGAUUCUCGGUGUUGAGGCUUGUGAGAGGCUAACAACCCUCGGGAUAGCCGUGAACCUCGUGACGUACCUGACCGGGACCAUGCAUUUGGGAAGCGCCACAUCAGCGAACAACGUCACGAACUUCCUUGGCACGUCGUUCAUGCUGUGCUUGCUCGGGGGAUUCCUUGCCGACACUUAUCUCGGGAGGUACUUAACCGCCGGCAUAUUCGCCACCGUUCAAGCCUCGGGGGUCACGAUACUAACGGUCUCGACAAUAAUCCCGAGCCUCCGGCCGCCGAAAUGCGGCGAAGGACAUCCCUGCAUCCCAGCCAGCGGCAGACAGCUCGGCGUCCUCUACACGGGCCUCUACCUAACGGCCCUCGGCACCGGAGGCAUAAAGUCAAGCGUGUCGGGAUUCGGGUCGGACCAAUUUGACGAGUCGGACCCAACCGAGCGCAAGCGGAUGGUCAAGUUCUUCAACUGGUUCUACUUCGGGAUAAACAUCGGCUCACUCGGGGCCGUGACCGUGCUCGUCUACAUCCAGGACAAUCUCGGACGAGAGUGGGGCUACGGGAUUUGCGCGUGUGCUAUCGUUUGUGGUCUCGUGCUCUUCCUCUCCGGCACAAGGAGGUACCGGUUCAAGGAGCUUUCCGGCAGCCCGCUUACUCAGAUUGCUGCCGUCUUUGUUGCGGCGUGGAGGAACCGCCGCCUCGACUUGCCGUCCGACCCGUCCCUACUUUACGACGUGGAUGAUGACGUGGCCGGGAAGAGGAAGCAGAGGUUGCCACACAGCAAGGAUUUCCGCUUUCUGGACAGGGCAGCCAUCAAGGACCCUCUACAGAAGCCCGACGAGUCGAACAAGUGGCACCUCUCGACCCUGACCGACGUGGAGGAGGUGAAGCUCGUGAUCCGAAUGCUCCCGACAUGGGCCACCACCAUCAUGUUCUGGACCGUUUACGCUCAGAUGACCACCUUCUCCGUCUCCCAAGCCACCACAAUGGACCGCCAAAUUGGCUCGAGCUUCAAGAUCCCGGGCGCAUCCCUCACAGCCUUCUUCGUCCUCGCCAUCCUCCUCACCGUCCCCGUUUACGACCGCCUCAUAUUUCCCGUGUGCCGCCGCCUCGUCAACAACCCCCACGGCCUCACCCCUCUGCAGCGCAUUGGUGUCGGCCUCGUCCUCUCCAUACUCGCCAUGGCCGCGGCCGCCAUAACUGAGGUGAAGCGCCUACGAGUCGCGCGGGCCCAUGGGUUGACUCGCAACUCGGCGGCGACCGUGCCCAUGACCGUCUUUUGGCUGGUCCCGCAAUUCUUGCUGGUGGGGUCGGGGGAGGCGUUCACGUACGUGGGCCAGCUGGACUUCUUCCUCCGGGAGUGCCCGCGGGGGAUGAAGACCAUGAGCACAGGGCUUUUCUUGAGCACGCUUUCGCUCGGUUUUUUCUUAAGCUCGGUGCUGGUGACGGUCGUGCAGAAGGUGACAAGUAGGGAGGCGCCCUGGCUAGCGGACAAUCUCAACGAUGGGAGGCUUUACGAUUUCUAUUGGCUACUGAUGGCAUUAAGCGCAUUUAAUCUUGUGGUGUUUGUGUGUUGCGCGAGGCGGUACGUGUACAAGGAGAAGAGGCUGGCGGACGAGGGGGUCGAGAUGGAGGAGGCGAUCGUCUACCAUUGA